AUGACCAAAACAAGAACUCCUCCCAACCAGAAGCGACUGGUCGCUGCCAGGCCCGGUUUAGUGCCCUCCAAGGCUGGCAUUGCCAUGUUCUGGUUGUACAAUGAGAUGUUCAACGUUGAUUCGCCCUCCUUUACCCCGUCCGGCCAAUCAACGGUACUCCCGAAGAAGACAACUCUUUCAUCUCAGGCCGCAAGUGCUGCUCCAUUCACGCCUCGUGGUGGAGGAACGCCAACCUUACAAACUACUGCCGAAAGCACAAUGUUCAAUCCAGCAGCUAUUCGGGAAUUCACCCCUCAAAACUACGACCUUGGUAACAACAAUGCCAAUGGAAUAUCCCAAGAGAAUGGGCUCUACCCUGACCCUUUCACAAUGAGUACUAUGGGAACUGCCUUACCCACCGCUGGUCAGUAUAACUUGCCGCUCUACGGUGACCACAGCGGCCUGGCUGCUCCUGGAGCACCAUUCUAUCCGCCACAUGCAGCCUACCCAACCGGCCCCAUACAACCUCCUCAUUACCAUCUCUAUCAACCAUUUGGCCCAUAUAGGCAAGAGCUCCAGCCAUGGCAAAGGGCAACAUAUGAUUUCUUCAUGCCACAAAAUCUCCGCGAAGACCUCCAAAAGAAGCAAUUCGCAACUCUACAAGUCAUUCCAAGCUAUCGAUUGACCAACGAAAAAGCUAUCCUGAACGUCAUGAAGGAUUGGAAAAAGAUUAAGAACGCCAGUAUCGUGACGAUCCACGAAGUUUUUACCACCAGGGAAUUUGGCGACAGUUCUCUCAUCUUCGCAUAUGAUUUUCAUCCUCUCUCCAAAACCCUGCAGGAACACCAUUUCCAGCCUAUACAUGGCAACAGAUAUCGACCCCCACCUGCUGUGCCAGAGAACACGAUAUGGGGCUACAUUUGUCAAAUUGCAAACGCCCUUAAAACCAUUCAUUCGAACAGGCUUGCUGCUCGGUGCCUCGAGCCUAGCAAAAUCAUCCUUACCGAUAUCAAUCGCAUACGACUUUCAGCAUGCGCAAUUCUUGACGUUGUUCAGUUUGGGAUGAAUUCCCGAUCUGUUGUGGAGUUGCAACAGGAGGAUUUUGUCAAGUUUGGCAAGCUUAUUCUCUCCCUUGCCACUGGUACACUCCCCGCGCAUCUCAACAAUAUUCCAGCAGCACUGGAAACUCUGGGGAAUAAAUACUCGGCAAAUCUCAAAAGUGCCGUAAAUUGGCUCUUAGACACCAGCUCUGGUGAAACCAAGACGAUCGAACAUUUCAUGACCGGUAUCGCUUCGCAGAUGACCACUUUUUUCGAUCUUGCGCUCCAGGACAACGACGAGAAGUUAUUCCACCUUGCUCGAGAGGUUGAGAAUGGCCGGAUCGCUCGCAGUCUCAUGAAACUCCUCACCAUCCUCGAGCGGGGUGAUUACGAUGGAGUACCAAGCUGGUCCGAGACGGGCGACAGGUACCAGUUGAAGCUCUUCCGAGAUUAUGUUUUUCACCGUGUGGAUGCCGAUGGAAAGCCCAACCUUUCCAUCGGCCACAUGCUCACGUGCAUGAGCAAGCUUGAAGCCGGCGUUGACGAGAAUAUCCUUCUCACAAGCCGUGACAACGAGACGGUUUUCGUGCUCUCGUACCGCGAACUCCGGCAGAUGUAUGACCGCGCGUUUAAUGAACUCGUGAAGGCAAGCAAGACCGGUGCACCGGGGGCGAAUACCUAG